UGGAGAGGCGGUUCCAGAGAUGAUAAAGGCAGAUGCUGAGGAGUUGGAUGUCAUUUCUGGGUUGUUGUUUUUGCAGCUUGGACACCACUCGUGGGAAGCAAAGGGCUUGCUUGAUUUCCUUCUUCACUCAAACGGGCUGCCCUCGCAAUGCUGGCUGCAAGCGGGACCCGCAUCCGCGUCCAGUUUGGGCGGCUCCUGGCAGAAGCGGGGCAACUCAGUGCUCCUGUGCGCCGGCCUCUAGGACCAGGGCUCCUGGGCUCCACAGCAUUGUCCUGCACGGAUCAGAACAGAAGCUCGGGGGCACCGGGUUCAACCGAGAAGGUGUACAAAGUGCCUGGCGGACACAAACCCUCAACAUUUGACAAGAAAAUCCUCCUGUGGACUGGACGCUUCAGAACGGAAGAUGAAAUUCCUCCAAGGAUCCCGCCCGAGAUGCUGGAUGCUGCAAGGAACAAAGCCCGAGUAAAGGCCUGUUACAUUAUGAUUGCCCUGACAAUCAUGGCUUGCUUUGCUGUGAUUGCCUCUGCUAAAAGGGCUGUUGAACGCCAUGAAUCCCUCACAAGCUGGAACUUAGCAAAGAAAGCCAGGUGGCGUGAAGAGGCUGCAACAAGAGCAGAGGAAAAGGCAAAAUAAGAGUCAUCUGCUCUUGAAACUGGGAACGAAGAAAACACACAAAAUUGGCAAGUUAGCAAAAGAUAUACCCUCCAGGGGAAACGCUGAAGUUGAACACAACUUACUACUAACAACUUUCAUUUCCGCUUGUGUAACAAAUACUGGGAGAGAGAUAAUUAUUUUUUUCUGCCACAAGUGAAUAAAUAAAUCAAGUUCAGUCGAAAGUU